GCUUUUGGUGGUCUUUUGUCAUCCUGCAUUUGAGCCUCUGACCUGCUCCGUAACAAUAAGACUCACUAAUGCAAAGCUGAACCACACUGCAUUUGGUGUAAACAUGAGAUAAAAUAAAAAUAUUACAAAAUAAUAGAAUGGAUCAGUAAUUUAAAAGGAGUGGAGUACGGUGUGCCUCUUAUUUCCUACUCUGCCCUUUAGCCAAACCAGACAGGGUAUACAGUGUAAGAAGACCACCCCACCAUAUUUGCCCUUCUUACCAGUAGAUAUAGUCAUUUAUAUUUUAGGUAUUUUCUUGGAUGAUAGUUACUAAUCUUUAAAUAGUUUCAAGAUAUUUUUUCUUGUGGGUGGAAAUCAAACGAAGCAUUUCUUAAGCAAGAUCAUAUAAUCGUCUGACAGCACAAAAUAAAUCUCUGUGGUAUUUUAACAGAAUAUACAAACAUUUAUUUACUGUUAACACAAGAGUCCUGUGGAUGGUUAUUUAUUCAUUUGAACAAAAAAUAGCAAACUUUUUCUGUAAUAUGUAAGAGAGUAGCACAUUUAAGGAAGAAUGUUAGCUUUGCUAAUGAUAUUUUUCUGAUAAAUGAUGUGCUUUACCAUCUAGUACACCAUUGUAAUAACUAACCAGCAGUAAAAACUUUAUGUACCUAAAUGACUACCUACCUGACUUAAUGUUAAGCUAAUAUUGUUCUUAUUAAUGUUAUUACAAUAUUAGCUUGAGGUAAUGCUAGCUAGCUGGAAUUAUUUACUACUGUCGACAAAGGAACCCUGCUAAUUUAAUAUUAUUUUUAUGUCAGAAAUUUAAAAGGUCCCUCAAUUGUAAAUUAAUUGCCAAUAUUUAAAACAUUUUUUUAAAAAAUCCAAAAUAAUUUCUGCAUGUGUUAUUUAACUUUCAUGUUACAUUUAAAGAGCAAGCAAUGUCAAAAUUGAAAAUAUGAUUAAUCAUCUGGGUAAAUAAGUUUGUAUUGCUCAAGGUGACUUUAUUGUUUGUUUUUGACGUUUUUGGUUGACUUUGGACUCUUAUUGUUUUCCUGCUGCUGUGCUUUUGUUUAUAUGAACUGGGGUUUGUCAGUUGACCAUGUCUGCACUUUGGGUCCUCUUUCUGUAUUACAUGGCAGUCUGCAAAAAUUAGAAGCUGCUAGAACACAGCUGUCAGUGUCCACAGUCAAAUGUUUUUUUACAUCGACAUGUGCUGAGAGACUGCCAUGCAAGAGGGAAGCUCUUCCUCUAGCAACACCUGAAAGCUCAACUAGAGUUUGCAACUGAUCACACUGACGAAAAAAAGUUUUAGAGGAAAGUCCUAUGAUCAGAUGAAACAAAAAUUGAGCUAUUUGGCCACAAUGACCCAAAUAAUGUUUGGAGGAGAGAAGGGGAGACCCCCAUUCAAACAGGAAGGGAAGUGUUUGCACAUUUGACUAUAUGAUAUGUGUCUUACUUCCUUGUUUCUUCAUAGAGUGUUACGAUGGCGCGCAUUGCAUUUUUAUGGGCUGUUGUUCUGGUAUCUAUUCUGGUAUUUAUGCAAGGGUCCAGUGCUGUGACUCGUGUGUUUGUGCAGAAGGGAAAAGAUGUUCUUCUGGAAGUCCCAAUAUCUUUUGCUCCUCAAAAAAGGGAUAUCCUUACGUGGAGAUUUAAUGCAAUCAACACUUUAGUAAGAUUUUUUCCUCCGGCAGAACCAGAUAUCUUUGAUGAUUACGUUGGAAGGGUUUCUGUGACAAAUUACUCUGUGAAACUGAAGAAUUUACAAGCAGUCGACAGUGGAGUUUAUGAUGCACGAGUGUCAGGGGCUACAGAACGAACACUGGUUGAAUACAACAUCGCAGUUCAAGAUGCAGUGUCUCCAGUUAAGCUAAAUGUGGACUCUGUGUUAAGCAGCUCAGACUCCUGUAUCGUCAAUGCAACCUGCAGCACAUCGGACUCUGAUAUCAGCAGCAGUUUUAGAUGUGUUAAUCAAACCUGCGAUCAGGACGGAGGAGAACAAUCAAAGACCACAAACUCUGGUGCUUUUCUCAGUAUUUACUUGUGGAAUGCAUCGAUCUUCUGCACCCACAGCAACCAGGUCAGCUGGACCAAAGACAAGAAAGAGAUUCAAGAUUUCUGCCUCCAACCUGCUGAGUAUGCUCAAUCUCCUACCAACGGCAUUGCCAUUGGUUUUGGGACUGUGAGUGGGGUUGUCUUCAUAUUAGCUGUUGCAGUCGCUGGACUUCAUCGUCGAAAGAGAAGACAAUAUGACACAGAGAACCAUGAAAAUACAAUCUAUGCAACUCCUCAGGUUGAAACUACCCAAACUCGGGAUGAGAGUCCACCCAGUGAUGCUUCCUGUGUGUCUCCAACGUCCACCUACAGCUUGGUAGGGCUUCACUCUAGACCUGCUGAGGCAAGAGACAACCCACUGCCAGAGAGUCUGUAUACUACAGUAGAUAAGCCAGCCAAGAUAGAGAAGCCAGCCAGGCCCUGCAAAAAUCUUCAGGAACUGUAGUUUGCAUACCAGUCUCAUCAGUUUCCUGUUUGCUUCUUGUACUGUAACACAUUUAUUGCUGCCUAACGGGGUUUUGUUUGGAGUUAAUAGUUUUGUACACAGCUAUGAAUGUCAGGCUGUAGCAUGGAUAAAGAAAAAAAAAACAUUAUUUUGAUGGACUGGGUCGACAUGUUAUUGUUGGUAAUGGCAUCAACUUAAUAUUGUGUGUAGCUUAAAGUCAAAUUUAUCUGUUAGUUGAUUUAAAACUUAAUUGAAGUUGACAUAACUUAAUGAAAUCGACUCGACAACCUAAAUUUUCUUCACCUUAACAUGCAUAGAAAAUUUCAAAUAGUUAGGACUGGUCUUUAAACAUACCUUGCAUUGUUAAGGAGAAACUAAUUCCCUUUGCUUAACGUACUUUGUUGAUUGAAUUUAAUUUUCUUAGAAACUGAAAAAGGUUGAUGCAAACUGCUGUGUUUUCUUGAGCCCAAAUAUUACAUUUUAGAGUGGAGCACUGAAAAAAAUCAUUUGCCAAUACAGUAUUUGGUUGAAUGGUAACCAGGGAAGUAAAAGGUCCUUAUGGAACAAUACAGAAGUUUCAGGUUGGGAACCUGACUGCAGUAACCACCUCUCAAAAGAUGUACACAUUUUUGAAAUACAGUGGAGGGAUUGCAAGACAGUGAAUUUAAUGUGGAGGACAAUGGACAAUGUGAUGCUUCUGUAUUCUACAAGAAACAAUUUACAGUUUGGAGAUGUAGCUUUGAAGUGUUUAUACCGUUAUCUGCAGUGUUUUCUGUAUUUCUUAUUGUAGCUCCUAUUUUUUUUUUAAAAUCUUUGUUGUUUAAUAUAUUUUCUGAAUGUGUUUUAUGGAUUUUAGUUUACAGAUUGUAUUACUGCAAACAAAGAAUUUCAUCAGAGUCCUAUGCUACCUGUCAAAAGUUUGGACACACCUUCUCAUUCAACGGUUUUUAUUUAUUUGUAUUAGUUUCUACAUUGUAGAUUAAUACUGAAGAUUGACACUUUUUGUUUACAACAUAAUUCCACGUGUAUUCUUUUAUAGUUUUGAUGUCUUCAGUAUUAAUCUACAAUGUAGAAAAUAAUUAAAUAAAAACCAUUGAAUGAUAAAGUGUGUCCAAACUUUUGACUGGUCCUGUAUAUUUCAAUUCUGUACUUGUACAGUGUCUAAAAGCCUGAAUUAACUUAUUUUGUCAUGGCAGCAGUUGCUGAAACUCAACAAGUUUGUGCUGCAAUGUUUUAGCUGUUUUGAAAAUAUGGAUUAAAAGAGGUAUAUUUUUGCUGGAACCAGCUUUAAACUUUU